GGAACAGAAAGAGAUGCCAUACGUGUGUUUCAAGACGCUAGACAAGUUUUAUGGAAUCGACGUCUGCGAUUUGCUUUCUCCGCCCAAGGAGUUGGAGGACCAGGCGGUGCUGACUUGGGCUUCUCUUCCUCCGAUUCCAGCUGCUUUCAAGGCUGAUCUUCCGGCUUUCUGCGUGCAGCUUGUGGAGUUCGACUCCAACUUCUAUCUCCUCGGAGGUCUUCAAAAUCGUCCUACCGGCGAUGCUCCUAUCGGUCCUCCUUCGGUCAAAACAUUCGAACUUCGUCUGGACGAAGAUAAUGAGAAACAGAAGCAGAAGCAGUUAACGUUCAAGGAGGUGGACUUAAUCCCUGAACCACCAAUUUGCUACGCCAAGAGGGUGUUCGACUACGAAAAAAUUAAGGGGGAUUAUUAUUUCAUCCAGUUCGAUCCCAUGAUGCCUAAAAUAUCAAAGGAUUCCUUCUGGGUUCUGCGCUCACAAACACAUGACUGGCAAUCUCUACCGUCUCCUCCCGACUUGGGCCUCGAUGUUUAUGAUGUAUUUGAAACAAAUCAUUUUGUGUAUGGUGAAAGAAUAUAUUUUCAAACCAUUUAUAUGACAGAUGAUGCAUUUAUGGAAUUUAUGGAAUUAAAGAGCAAAACUCCUUCACCCAAUGUUGGAGAGUUUGAAAGUGUGCUCUUCUAUUCCUUUGAUACAUCCUUGGGAGGUGGGACAUGGACUAUACAGGGGGGAGCUGAUGCAUUCAUAGAAUCUUUCAGUUUUACUGUUCAGGGCAGACGGCGCUUCCACCGUCCCAUUACACUGCCUCUUCCAGUCCCAGGGGAUUAUAGUCUUCAUCUCUCUACUUCUCACAUUGAAAGAUCCGAUCAUUUUGGUGAAUGGGAAGAUAGGUAUAAAGCAACCUUACAUGCCUUGCUUGUGAACAAAAGAGGUGUUCGAUUUGUUCAGCCAAUCGAGGGUUGUUUUGAGGGCAUCCAACCUGCAUUUUAUGCUGCAUGUCCAACUCUCGUCUACCUUGGUAACAACAUGGUUUGUGCCAUGUUAAUUGGCUUUCUAGAUGAGCAUCAUAAACGUAGAUGUCCAUUAAUUUGUGUUUCUAUAUUUAAUUUAUCUAUCAUGGAGGAUGCUAUUGAUAUGGAUUACGUUAACAGUUCUGUUUCUCAAAAGGUUCAUAAUUUUUUAACUGUUAAUGUAAUCAGGAGAAAUGUCUAUUCCAUGGUAGAUUAUUUGGAAACACAUUUAAUACUGAGAGACGUGUACCCAUUGAUAGAUGAAAUUAAGGAAUUUCUUUGGAAAGAGUCAAAGGAUCCUCUCUCUCCUGUGUCAAAGAAGUCAAAGCUCAUCUAGGGUUAUUUCCAUUUUAACAUCUUUUAUUCAUGUUUUGCUUAGGUUUUCCUUGGAUGUAUUUAUGGUUUAAGAAUUAAGAAGACAUGAUACUUCCAACUGUAUUUUGUGGAUUUGGAAACUUCACACUGAAAGAAUUGGAUUGAAUUUUUGAAAGAAUUCCUUUGUAAUUCAAUUCUCACAACAAUUGUUUAAUUU